AUGGCCCAAGAUCUGUCGUCAAUGUGGUUAUCGGAACUGGAAAUGGAAAAUCAAGGGUUCAUGAAUCAAGAUGAUAUGAGCGAAUGUUUUACUGAUAGAUCUAUCCAGACUCUAACUAGAUUUGAAGAACAGACUGAAAUGAAUCCGCUUAGUUGUGAUAACAAGGCUAGUAGCAUUAACACAAUGUGUCAAACUCAAAAGACUGUGGCUGCUACUAGUCUUUCAUCAUCCAACACUUUCACUAUAUCUUUUGGAAAACAAAACACUAAACACGUCCCCCCGUUUGAUGACUCAAUCGGUGUUGAAAUUUCUGGUACAUGUACAGGAAAGGUUCAGACCAUGGCCAGGACUCCAGUUAAGGUUCAAGAUCAUGUGUUGGCGGAGAGGAAGAGAAGAGAAAAGUUAAACCGGCAGUUGAUAUCUUUGUCUUCCCUCCUUCCUAACCUUAGAAAGGUAAUAUUAGUUUCUUGUUUUGAUUAA